AUGAGAGGGUCAAACCAGUCCCGUGUCUCUGAGUUCCUCCUCCUUGGGCUCUCCAGGCGGCCCCAGCAGCAGCAGCCCUUCUUUGUACUCUUCCUGAGCAUAUACCUGACCACGGUCCUGGGAAACCUGCUCAUCCUCCUGGCCAUUGGCGUGGACUCCCGCCUGCACAUCCCCAUGUACUUCUUCCUCAGCAACCUGUCCUUUGUGGACAUCUGCUUCUCCUCCACCACUGUCCCCAAGAUGCUGGCCAACUAUAUACUCGGGACUCAGACCAUCUCCUUUUCUGGGUGUCUCACACAGACGUAUUUUCUCUUUGAGCUUGCCGACAUGGACAAUUUCCUCCUGGCUGUGAUGGCCUAUGACCGCUCUGUUGCCAUAUGCCACCCCUUACACUCCUCAACAAAGGUGACCCACCAGCUCUGUGCCCUGCUGGUUGCUGGGUCAUGGGUCAUUGCCAGCCUGAAUGCUCUUUUGCAUACCCUGCUGAUGGCUCGACUCUCGUUCUGUGCAGACAAUGCCAUCCCCCACUUCUUCUGUGAUGUGACGCCCCUCCUGAAACUCUCCUGCUCCAACAUGCACCUCAAUGAGGUGAAUUCUGAGGGUUCUCUGAUCAUGAUCACUCCAUUUAUUUGCAUCCUGGCUUCAUAUGUCCGUAUUACCUGUGCCAUCCCGAGAGUCCCAUCCACAAAGGGAAAAUGGAAAGCCGCCUCCACCUGUGGCUCCCACCUGGCCGUGGUUUCUCUCUUCUGUGGCACCAUCGUUGCUGUGCAUUUCAACCCUUUAUCCUCGCACUUGGCUGAGACAGAUAGAGCUGCUGUGAUGUUCACAGUGGUGACCCCCACGCUGAACCCCUUCAUCUACAGCCUGAGGAACAGGGACUUGAAAGAGGCCCUAGAAAAAGUGAUGGGCAAGAAGACAUGCUCUUAGUGAUGAAAGUAUAAUGGAUCUAUUUUCCCAGGCAUAUUAAUCUUUGGCAACUCACUGAAAUGUAGCUAUCAAAGUGUUUGCAAGGAACUUAGAAUAAAUACUCUCAAUAGACAGUUAUGAAUGAACUUAGUCUUAAGUACAACCCUGCUCCUUUAAAUAGGUAAUUUUAUUUGUUUCUAAUUACUGUAUUUAAACCUUCUUUGCAUAAAGGUCAGGUUUUUCCUUUCUAGGUGAUCGCUCUAAAAAUUUACACGUAACCAAAUUUGUUUCCACUUCCUUUUUGGAAAUGCUCUCAGAAUUUAAGGCAGUGUUUUUCAAUACUGGUUACAUGACAGUAUCACCUGGGGAGUUUUGACACCAUAUAUAUGGUUGCUGGACCAAGCUUUGACCAAUUAAAGCAGAAUUUUUGGAGUGGGAUCCAGGCAUUGGCAUUUUUUCCCCUUGAAGUUCCCCAAGGGGUUCUAAUGUAAUUUCUGAGUUGACAAUUCAUGCUGCUUUGGAUGUACUUUAUGAUUGCUCAUUAUGAAGAGUGAGCCCAGAAACCCUAAGAGGAAAUCUGAUGUCUAAUGAGAGUAAUAACAAUAGAGGUGAAAAAAUUACUGAAGUUUUCUGUGGGCUCAAGUGUUCCUGUGCUGAGAGGGCUGGUCUUUUGGCUGAACUCACAUUCCUGAGCCUCACUUGGGAUCCAAAGAAUACUUCAUAAUUUUUAGUGCUCCUAUUAGUCUGUUUAGGUUGCUCUAACAAAAACACCAUACACUUUGUAGCUGAGACAACAAACAUUUAUUUCUCACAGUUCUGGAGGCUGGAGGUCCAAGAUCAAGGUGUCAGCAGAUUCAGUGUCAGAUGAGAGCCUGCUUCUUGGUUCUUCUUUCUGUGUCCUCAGAUGGUAGAAGGGGUGAGGAAGCUCUCUGGGGUCUAUUUUAUGAAGACACUAAUCCCUUCAGGAGGGGUCCCCCACUCAUGACUUAGUCACCUCCCAAAGGUCCCACCUCCAAAUACUACACAUUGGGGGUUAGGUUUCAACAUUUUAAUAUUUUGGAGGGGCACAAAAAUCGUCUGUGGCAGUGUCUCAUCCUCCAAUUUGAGUGCCUUGCUUUAUGGGGGUAUAUUUAGCAAUAAGGUGUUCCUUUGAUUUUGAAGAAACAGAAUAGCAUUUGCUUUUUCAUCUGUUCAGGAUGCCUAGUCUUUCUCCCUGAGGGGAAAACCUUCCCUGAACCUUCAAGAUCCCAGUCAAUAUUUCCCCUAUGAAGCCUUUGGUAAUUCCUCUAGGCUGAGAUUCUCAUUCCCUCUCCUGAGUUCCCAUAGAAAACUCCUCUUGAAAUUAUUAUAUAUGUGAUACUGUGUAGUCUGUUUAUUGCUGCUUCCUCUCCCCCUUCCUCUUUGCCCUGAGGCACUCUAAAGACUUUGAGAUGCUCAGGGAUCACACGCAUAAACUGUUCACCUUGGACACCCAUAAAAAGCUUGGCUCCUGACACUUACUGCACUUGCAAACUAUUAAUACUGAAUAGGAGAACAACAGCCUGUGCUUCUGGAGAACCCAAUCUGAGAGGUCUUUUAGCUUUUUAAAGAUAUAUUUUAUUUGUUUAUCUGAGAGAGACAGUGAUCG